AUAUUUUCUUUCUUCUUUCGUCAUGUACCGACUCACAUGUAUUUGAGAACGAGAAACGAUAACGAAGGAAACCACGAGAAAUAUGGUGGCUAAAGGAGAAUUUUAGACGGUGUUCUUUUGUUCAUGCGAUAUAGUAGUGAAUUUUAUCAAAUGUUAAGGUGUAACCGUUGAAAUCUUUUGUAAGUACAAGACCAGAAAUUGGAAAUGUCUACAAUGCAUUUUGUGGUCCAUCCUUUGCCUGGCACAGAGGAUCAACUAAUAGACAGGCUUCGAGAAGUGGCGGACCGUUGGAACAGAUAUGGAACGGGCGCCGGCUCCUCUGCACUCAGCUCUUUGCGUGGAGUGCGUGCUGUGGCAGCCGGGCCGGCUCAUAUCGCCUGCUUACUCGAAGAUGGGACGAUAUGUCGCGCAGCUUUCUCCAUCAUUCCUGACAGGCUGGAUCUGAGCAAAACAGAUGCUAGUAAAAAUGGCGGGAAUGGCGGAGGAGGUAGCGGCGGUGGGGGGACAAGUGGCGGGAAGCAAGGAGGAAGCGGAGGCGGUUGUGGCUCUCGCCAACAACCACGUACUAGAGCUCGUAUCAUGAGGAAUUCUAUACGGGCUGCGCCCAGUUCACAAGGUUCGACAAGCCGCGCUACGGGUGUUAUAAUCGGAGCAUCGGGUUCUGGACGCGUGGUGUCAGUGCCGGCGCCGUUCGUGCCAGAAGAUCUCGUUACUCAAGCGCAGGUAGUGCUUCAGGGCAAGAGCAGGAGCCUCAUUAUUAGAGAAUUACAGCGUACAAAUUUGGACGUGAACCUGGCGGUAAACAACUUGCUGUCGCGUGACGAUGAAGAGGGUGAAGAGCCGGAGGGUGGUGAGGGGGGCGACGGGUACGUGCCCGAGGACCUCAUCUCGCUGCUGGACGGCGGCUUUCAUGCGGCGCAGCAGGACCAGUCCGUCAUCAUUGACGCUGACACCAUGUUCUCGGAGGACAUCUUCGGGUACGCGGCCAUCAGAAGCCGCAGCGGGGGCGGUGGUGGCGGCGGCAGCAGUGGCGGCCGCGGCGGCGCCAGUCGGGAGAGUAGCAGCUCCACGCAGGAGCGUCCGUCGGAGUUCAGCCGGUGGCGCGAGCGCCAGUACUUCGGCCCACGUAGGUGGCUCGAAUCAGCGCUGCGUGAUACCUCGUGGGAUAAAGAUGGAACUGAAAGCAAGAAGAAGGACUCUGCGAUGUCCGCUUCGCCGCUGUGGGUGUCGGAGGAGCUUGAGUACUGGGACAGCAACAUCCGGUUUACGCACAUCGCAGCCACUUACAGCGAGCUCAUCGCGAUUUCCACGCAGGGACAGUUGCAUCAGUGGCGCUGGGCAGACGCUCAUCCAUAUCAGCGGAAUGAUGGCUCGAGCUCUACAAACGCGUACCAUCCACGCGCUAACUGGCUGGGCCUGGCCUCGGGCGAGCGCAUCGUGAACAUCAGCGCGGCCGGCAUCCGCGUGUCGGUGCUCACCGACUCCGGACGUAUCGCCACCUUCCUUGAUGAAUCUAUUGCUCACGCACCUGGUGCGUCUCGUCUGGAGCACCCUCUACAACCAUUUAUGGAAUUUGGAUCUGACAAAGCAGUUUCUCUGCAUGUGUGCUCUUUGUAUACUGUGGCGAGACUCGAUUCUGGAGCAUUGUAUUGGUGGGGCGUAUUGCCGCUAGGUCAGCGAGCUCGCCUGUGGGAGAAGCAUCGCGCACGUUCCCGCAAGCAGCAGCGCGGACACUCGUCCACUACGCCGCAGGACCUGCAGGCUGGCCAGAGCGUUACCAUGAAGAACGCUCCCAUGUACCAGCCGGGAGCUAUCGGAUUCAACAUGUCAACUGGAGUGCCAAAAGUAGGCAUCUUACAGAAUGCUGCUUGGAAUCUCUCUGACAUGUGUCGCUUCAAACUACUGCCGCCUCCGCAACCUGACCGUUCUGUUUCCGACAAAGACAAGAGAGAUCUACAGAAUCAGUCUCCACUCACGGUUUCGUCAGUGAAGGCUUCGUCUAGCAGCAGCAGCAAGGACGCAGGCAAAGACAGCAAUAAAGACAUGGCUGACAGACUCGACAUGCCGCCGCCGCCCAGUCCGGCGUCAUCUACCUGCAGCGACACUAGCACUUCACACAAACGUGCAAAAAGAGUGACUGUGCGCGGCGAGGAAGGUUCGUCUAACGAUGGCUCCAAACGCGACGAGGAAGAGUGGCCACUCAAGGAGGUCGUAUUCCUUGAGGAUGUAAAGAGUGUUCCGCUUGGCCGGGUCCUGAAAGUCGACGGCGCUUACGCGGCAGUGCGAUUCCCUACUAUAGGGAAAGAUGGCAAAGAAGUUGUGCCAUCAGCGCCAGACGACUGGACUACCUUGUUACAAGAUUGCCGUCUCGUAAGGAAAGAUGACUUGAUUGCCGUGAAGUGGGGCGCAGGCGGUGCCGGUCCCCGCGGCCCUGAUUGCCUCCAACGUUCGCCGAGGAAGAUCGCGCUUCCCCCUGAGAUACAAGUCAUCACUAUUGCUGUGGACAAUCGCGGCGUUCACGCUGUGGUCCGUCGGCCGGGUGGCACGCUUGCAUACGCUGUAUACGCGGUGGGCACUACGCGGGCCCUUACUGACAGCACAUUCCCUACUGACAAUAAUGCACUUCUGGGAUACUCCAAUGGACAGGCUAUCCAGCUAGCUACAGCAGCGGAAGGCAGCGAGCCAGUGGUGAUGAUGUUAGAUGGCAACAGCGCACUGUACCCGGUGUCGCGCGACUGCGUGGGCAUGGUGCGUGAGCCGCCCGCGCUCAACGUGUCGCCCGCGCGCGCACUGGUCGCGCACGCGUUACCGCUGCACCCGCACGCUGCGCACCAGAACCAUCACAACCACCAUAACGCGCUCAAGUCGCAGGUUGCCCUGAUAAUAAUUGUGCCAGAGCCGCAGCUUAUGAUGCCCCGCGUGCUCCGCUGCGAUCUUGAUGGAGUGCGUCAGCUGCUGCAUCAACUGGAAACUGAUAAUAACAAGCAACAAAUCCUGGCAAUCCUACAGGAGCGCUGUGACGGCAACCGGAAUAUACUCCAUGCUUGCGUUCACAUGUGCGCACCUACAUCCAACAAGGAGCCAGACAUUGUGGAAAAUUCUAUGCCGAACUUAGCUGGGGGCACCGGUGGCAAUAGUACUAAUGCUGAGGAGGCGGUGCCAGCGAUCUCGUGGCCGCCAGAGACGUUCGAGGCUUCCGGCGACGAAGAUAGCUUGAUGGGUCUUACAAAUAAUGGCAAAAUGUCCGGCAGCAGUAAUGGUGCAGGCGCGGUUAGCUCGGACCCAGCGGAACGUCGUGGUAACGCUCUGGCAGCCCUGCGCGCUUUAUGUGAAAGCACUACCUUACAGCCGUACCUCAUGCAGCUGCUCACUGCUAAGGACGGUAUGGGUCAGACACCAUUGAUGGCGGCGGUGGCGGAGCGCGCGUAUCGAGCGGCACUGGUAAUCCUGGACGCGAUUCGCGCGUGCACUGAUGCAGACGAGACUCAGCGCUCAGAGGCAAUCUUCCCACCCAACGCGCACCCCGAUCAUUCGCCGCUCCUUGUGCUUUGUUGCAAUGACACCUGCAGCUUCACCUGGACUGGGCAAGAGCACAUAAAUCAGGACAUAUUUGAAUGUAAGACGUGCGGCCUGACUGGAUCACUUUGCUGUUGCACAGAAUGUGCUAAGGUAUGCCACAAAGGACACGAUUGCAAGUUAAAACGUACCUCACCGACCGCAUACUGUGAUUGCUGGGAGAAGUGCCGUUGCAAAGCACUCGUCGGUGGCAACUGGGCGGCACGCUGCGACCUUUUGGCCAGACUGGCGAGAGAUACACAGCUUGCAACACAUUUUAACUCAAGGGGCGAGUCAAUCCUCCUAUUCCUGGUGCAGACAGUGGGUCGACAGGCGGUGGAGCAGCGCCAGUUCCGCGCCGGUGGCGGCAGAGGUCGUGGCCCGCGCAAACAGCCCGGAUCUGACGCUGAAGUCGAUGCACCCGAUCAUGACCUCGAACCACCUAGAUUCGCUCGACGUGCCCUUUUGCAUCUAUUGGGCGACUGGCCAGCGGUGGAGGCGGCGGUGAUGUGUGGAGCGGCGGGUGGUGCGGGGAGUGGUGGCGGCGCGUCGGAGGAGGCGCGCCCUGCCGGCCGCGCGCCUUCACGCGCUGCCAGCCCUGCGCCGCACCAGUCGGGCACCACGCUGCUCGACAAGUUUACGCACGCACUUAUAGUCAAGUGCACCAAUGAGAUGCUGGAUACCUUGCUGCAUACUUUGAUUCGCGAACAACAAAAUGACACCAUUCCGGGACGCGCAGAGCGGGCGCGCGAGGUUGCGCGCCGAUUCGUACGGUCUGUUGCCAGAAUAUUUGUUAUAUUCAGUGUUGAAAUGGCCCCCGGCGCAGCAAAAAAGAAAGGGCCUUUAUCAAUAACAUCGUCUCUGGUGCGCUGCCGGCGUGUUUUCGCCGCUUUAGUGGCUCUUUCUGUGGAAGAACUAGUCGAAGCCGCGGAUGCUCUUCUCGCCCCGGUUCGUCUCGGUGUCGUGCGGCCAACGGCUCCUUUCCCUUUGGCGACAACUUACGUGGACCUCGUCAAUGGAAGUGAAGACCUCUUUGGAGUAGAGCCACUUUCUACAGGGCAUUCGCGCCUGGCUCAUGCACGCAGGGAAUCAAAUGCAACUGGAAGCCGCGGUGCUGCUGCAGGAGGCACAUCAAUGGGCAGCUCGACAUUGGUGCCCGACCGAUCAUCGACGCCUGUCGCGACCGAGUACGCUGACGAUGUAGCCGGCGAGGCGCUGGGAGGCGACGAUGACGCCUCGGAGACCGAUGAGCCAAAUGUACCCGCGCCUGUGCCGCCGCCGGACGCGCAACACCACGAUGAUGCAAUGGGCGAGAGGGGACAAGAACAGCAUGUGGUAGUUGAAAACGGAACUGAGCGCGCUGAAGGUGGUGAAAGUGAGAGCGAGUUGGAUUUGCUAGCUGAAGUGGAAACAGAGAGCGACUCCGAUGAUCAGGACAACGCUGAAUCGGCUCAGCGCAGUGUUCAAACUGGAGCCACGCAGGGUUCGGAUGCCGGCAUAGCGUCGCUGCUUCUGUACCCGGAGGACUCAAGUGGGGACUCCACGCAGCCAGAAGACGAAGACUCUGAGGCGGGCGAGACCGACGAGCCCGAUGGCGAGGCGGACCCACCGCUGCAUGACGGCGAGACGCUGGAGCGCCGCGCUGCGCCCCCCGCCAGACCCAAUCUCGCGCCGCACUCCAUGCAGUGGGCUAUACGUUCGCGUGAGAGUUCUCGCGGCACGAGUGGCAACACGGGCGGUGUGCGUCUCACUGGCGGCUCGUCACUUGUGUUCAUCGACCCAGCGUCGCUGCGCCGUUCGGCUGCCGCUGCCGCCGCUGGAGCACAUGACCCUCACUCCACAUCCACUACAGCUUCUUGUUUAGCCAGAGCUUUUGGCAUCGUAAUCCGCCAAAUUGCUGACCUACUGUGGGAGUAUGAACGCGUGACUUUGCCACUGCCCCGAAUGGUGCCACUCGUAUAUCGCGAAGCUCUUCGCCUCCAAUGUUAUCUCGAGAGGCAACUAAAACCAACUUGGGACUGGCUUGUUACUGUUAUGGAUGCUACUGAGGCACAGCUUAGAUUUGGUGCUUCUUUGACGUCGAACAACGCUGGAACAUCUGGUACAGAUACUAAUAGGUCGAGUGUGCCAGCUACGCGGCGAACUCCGUCUCUUACCUCGCCUGCGACGCGGAUUAUUGGAUUUUCGGAAGGGCCACGAGCUAGAGAUAGGGAACAAGGUGUAGAAGCUGGUAGCGCGCGACGCGAGUUCCUGGCGUAUUGCUUGUCGCUGCUACGCGCGCACAGCGCUGAGCACGCGGAGCAACUGCCAGUGCUGGACGUGGCGGCGCUCAAGCAUGUCGCGUACGUGCUCGACGCGCUCGUUUACUACAUGCGCGCCGCGCAGCCGCAGCCGCACCACCACCAACACCUAUGGACACAGGAUGAGAAUGAGAAUGAAGAGGGCGACGAAGAAAUGGUGGUUGGUGGCGGCGCCGCCGCUGAGUCUGACAGCGAGAGUGAGGGAGCUCGCGGCCGUGCGCACUCCUUCUUCCAACGAUCUGACUCUACCUUGUGUCUCGGCUGUCCUCCACCGGAUCCUUUCAACAUGACAAUGCAAGACGCUCUGCCGCUGGCGGACCAGCCGCAGCUGCUGCAGCCGAACGCUCGGCGCGAGGAGCUGUUCGGUAUGCCACGGCAGCUGGUCACCGUGCCGCCCGCCGGCGACGCGCCGCCGGGAGUCAACAACCCGCUUGAAGGUACAUUGGUUCCGCGUCGUCUUGGCUUAUCUACGCGCGGCACAGAUCGCGGAUGGUCGCCACCGACGCGGCCCGCGUCUGCACCGCCCACGCACAACCACACAUUGACCAGAGAUGAACCACAGGAUUUGUCAUGCACGAAAGACACAGCAACAAAAAUGGACAUUGACACAGAUGGUGAAUACCUAUCGGAUUCAGAUUCUAACGAAACAAAGAACAUACCAAGAAAGAAACACCAUAGACACCCUCAUACAAUGUCUUCCAGCAGUAACAUAGAGGAGUCUAAUACACAACCUUCAGAAUUCCACACGUUGGUGAAUACUGUGUGUUCCAUCAUCGAGGCGCCACAUCAGCAGAACAUACCUGUCACUAAUUCACCCGGUCCGAGCGGGUCAGGCAGCGCCGCCGUCGAAUCACGUGCUUCUUCCUCACGGAGCCCUGGGAAGACUGUUAUUGUACGUGCUGGAGAACUGUUGAGCGCGCCAGAUCCAUUGGAAUCGCAAGAAAUUUCGGCCCACGUGACUGUGGAAACCACAGGCCUUCCGCCGCCGCCGCUGUUGCCGUCGCUCUCUACGCCUUCGCAACCACGCGCCUGUCCGUCACUUGGUGCUUCAGUAUCGCAUGACUUGCUGCUCGGACGAUGGCGGCUUUCGCUCGAUCUGUUUGGGCGCGUGUUUACGGAGGACGUUGGCUUGGAGCCCGGCUCUGUGGUCGCUGAACUCGGUGGCUUCCCCGUCAAGGAGGUCAAAUUCCGCAGGGAUAUGGAGAAGCUAAGGAAUUCGCAGCAGCGAGAUUUGACUUUGCAUAAGAUGGAGCGCGACCGAGCUAAGCUACUGCAACAGACAUUUGCCGAGCUAAACAGCGCGUUUGCAGGACAGAACCGGCGCGCUCACAGUGCACAGCCGCCGCUUGCCGUUAACCGCGUAAAAGUCACCUUCCGCGACGAGCCUGGCGAGGGCAGCGGCGUCGCCAGGUCCUUCUAUACCAGUGUCGCCGAGGCUCUGCUGGCAAAUGAAAAACUACCACCUCUAGAGUCAACGACAGGUAGCGGGAGCAACAGCAGUAACAGUAAUGGCACUUCUGGCUCUGCCGGUGCUGCCACUGGAGGAACAAGUGGCAAUAGUAGUGCACGUGGCGGAGGUCGGGCGCGGUCCAAGGAAGCUGCGCGCCGAGCCGGCGCACGUGCCGCAGCGCCCCGCGCGCCUGCCGCCCGCGAGCCACGCCGCGUGCUUAGCGUGGACGCUCGACCCUACUCACCGCAGGCCGCACCGGGUACGGAGGGCGCAGGAUACAGCGGAGACCGAUCCGGGGGACAUAACGACCACCUCACACAUCAUCAGGCACAACUCGGCGAACGACUUUAUCCAAGAGUGCACUCUCUACACCCUACUUUUGCUGGGAAAAUAACAGGAAUGCUCUUGGAAUUGACACCAGCACAACUUUUAGUACUUCUCGCAAGUGAAGACGCGCUGCGACAGAAAGUGCGCGAGGCUAUGGAUCUCAUUGUGAUGCACCCUUCUGAGGCAAUACUAGAUCUAGAUGUGUUCUCCGUCUCGGAGCGCGGAGGCACAGGCGCAGCGGGAGGCGCAAGCAGCGGCGGCAGCACAGCAGGCGCGGGCGCGUCCGUUUCAGGCGCGGCCACCGCUACGCCCGACGACGCUGCGCCGCUCUUCUAUUCGCCCGGCAAGCGCGGCUAUUACUCGCCAAGGCAAGGUCGUGCUACACCCGAACGAAUCAACGCAUUUAGAAAUGUUGGCAGGAUAAUCGGAUUGUGUCUCCUUCAGAAUGAAUUGUGUCCCAUGUUCCUGAAUAGACAUGUGCUGAAGUAUGUGCUUGGUCGGCCUGUUCGCUUCCACGAUUUGGCUUUCUUUGACCCAGUAGUUUACGAGAGUCUCCGGCAACUUGUUGUCGAUGCCGAAACUGGCGAUUCACAUUCACUCUUUGCUGCUCUUGAUCUCAACUUUAGCUUGGAAAUGUGCGAAGAGGAAGGAGGUGGAUGCGUGGAGCUGGUGCCCGGAGGUCGUGAAUUAGAGGUGACAGCUCACAAUGUUUAUGACUACGUGCGCAAGUAUGCUCAACAUCGUAUGCUGCUCUCACAGGAGAAGGCACUUGAGGCAAUGCGUGUUGGAGUUCUUGAUGUGUUGCCUGAAUCGGCGCUAGAAGGUUUAACUGCUGAAGAUCUACGGCUUCUGCUGAAUGGCGUUGGCGAUAUAAAUGUUACUGCACUUGUCUCAUAUACUAGUUUUAAUGAUGAGAGUGGUGAGCCUCCAGAGAGACUCGCACGCUUCAAACGUUGGCUUUGGGCGAUCGUCGACAAAAUGACACAUUUAGAAAGACAAGAUCUCGUUUACUUCUGGACCGGUUCACCUGCCUUGCCUGCUUCCGAAGAAGGGUUCCAGCCUAUGCCAACAGUGACGAUACGGCCUGCGGACGACGCGCACUUGCCCACCGCCAAUACUUGUAUUUCGCGACUUUACAUACCGUUGUACUCCUCGCGACAUGUGCUCAAACACAAACUAUUGCUAGCCAUCAAAACUAAAAAUUUCGGUUUCGUCUAGAUUUUGGGCUACCAUUGAUAGGUAUGUCAUUUAGUUUUAAGCCCAGUCAUGCAAGACUGCCGUGGUAUUUGUAGUGUCUGAUUAUGUAAAAAUGACUCUUUGUAUUUUACAAAACGCCAUAUUAACUUGCGAUAUUGAUCAUUUACGAGCUAUAUAGUACGUUCAGUACAAACUUACGAAAGUGUAUGUGUUAUUUUCGUUAUUCAACUAACAUUUACAUGACUGGGUACAUUUGACUGAAUAGUAAUAUUCAAUAUGUUGUAACUCUUUGUCAAAGUCCCGAUGCGUUAGUCCGCACAAGUACAUAGUAAUUUUUAAACUAAUAAGCUCAUAGACCAUAAGUAUUUAAUUGUUAUCUAAAAACAUAAAUCACAACUGGAUUCCUAACUGCAUAUAUAAUUUUGGAGUAAACAAAUCAGGGAAACCAUUAUUAUCAAUAUUGUCAUAAUAUAUUAAAUUGUUUUCAUUCAAACUAUUUUUAUAUAGAGGCCUAAAACAAAAACAGUUGCAUUUGAUUGCUUCAUUUGUUUAUAUUAUUUAUUAGGAUCUAGCUUGAUGGCAAGCAAGGCAGCAUAUAAAAUAUUCAACAUUUUACCUGUUUAUAUAGCUUUGUUAUUUUAUAUAGUGAAAAUUAUCUAAGGUAGAGUAUGUUGGGUAUACUGCUACGAUUUGUUGGGUUCGCUUGGGCUGAGGCGUCGGAUCCGAGCAAUGACGGUUUUGUGAUAUCAUAGGGAAGUAUUUAUGCGCCUCAUUUCUCUAAAUUUAAGAAUAUAAUUAGAUUUUCCUUUGAUUAGUUGUAUGAUUCACAAUAAACAAUCUCAAAACCGCUUA